UAGACUGUAAUCUUAUCAGUGUCAAACCGUACCUGCCUUUUCCUCUCGGGCAGUUUCUGUCUGUCUUCGAGUGGCAUUUGCAAGAACAAUCUGGAUGAAAAAACGAUUUUGAUCAGAGAGAAACUUUAUUAUCACAGAGGUCUGUUUUUAUUUACAGCUACAGGCGCGUUUGCAUGUGGGAUAAAAUGAUAAUUUGACCGUUUUAAACUUUCGACCUGCAGAAGACAUGGGAUCUAAAGAAAGGAUUCUGUUACUUCUCUUCGCAAUAUGCACAGCCAACGUGUGCCUUUGUGCAAGAAAAUCAAGUGCUCGGAGAUCUGAUCGCCUGAGUCCUCCAUUAGACAUCCAACUGGAGACAGUCAACUGCACCACCUUUAGUGUACGAUGGAAGAUGCCCCGGCGACACGUCAGCACCAUCACCGGAUACAAGGUUUUCUACACAGAGAUGAGGAAUGGUCGUCCGAUGGAUACAGGGUCUCUGAUGGAGGUGCCUCUCAACUUGGACAUGCUGACCACUGGCCAAUUUGAAGGACAAGCAAGCUUUGAUGUGGAGAUCAGUAAUCUUAAGAUGAACACUAAGUACAGAGUGACAGUCGGAGCGUAUGGUUGGGCAGGGGAAGGCCGACCCAGCAUGCCUAGAGACAUCAGCACUGCCACACAUGACAAGUGCAUGCCCCCAUCACCCCCCACUCAGCCUGUCGUCAUGGCUGUAUCUGACACUGAGCUGGCGUUGUCAUGGCAGCAAGGAGAGAGCGAGGGAAGCGCAACUGUCCUUCACUUCCUGGUGGCCUACAUCAGGCCAGAAAUGGACACUGAGUGGACAUAUAUCCGUGAGCCCAUUGAGACUAACUCCAUGGUUAUGAAGGGGUUAUUACCGGAAACAGAGUACCAGUUUGUCGUCAGGGCGGCCAACAUGCACGGAGUCAGCCCACCCAGCAACAUCAACAACCCCGUGCGCACUCUCGAAACACAUUUUGCCUCCCUAAGCUUGGAUGUGGGACAGCACCUGACAGCCAACCCUUUUCCCACCACCACUACCGCCCCAACAUUAUCCCCCUGGAAAGGUGAGGUACCUCGUAUGUACGAGCUGACCUGCGAUGACACUGUGUGCCCCCCCGACAGCUUCUGUCUCAGCGAUUUCGACAGCGGAGGCUCCCGCUGCCACUGUAACCUCGGACGGAGAGGGGACAACUGCUCUGAUGUGGUAUCCGUGAACUUUCCCAGGUUCCAUGGCUUCUCUCACAUGACCUUUGAACCCUUGAAGAACUCUUACCAGACCUUUCAGAUCACUUUGGAGUUCAAGGCCGACUCUGAGGAUGGCUUGUUGUUAUACUGUGGAGAGAAUGAACACGCACGUGGAGACUUUACCUCUUUGGCUCUGGUGCGAGGCAAGCUGCACUACAGGUUUAACUGUGGUACAGGAGCAGCUCAAAUAAUAAGUGAGAGUCGUAUCGUGGUCGGUCAGUGGCACACAGUCACUCUCUCCAGAGAUGGCAUGAGCGGCUGGCUGCGAAUGGACAACGACAACCCAAUAUCUGGACGCUCAGAGGGCCAGUACACCAAGAUCACUUUCCGCUCCCCGCUGUAUGUGGGUGGAUCCCCGAAUGCUUAUUGGCUGGUCAGGGCAACAGGGACAAAUCGCGGCUUUCUGGGCUGCAUUCAGAGUCUGACCGUGAACAACAAGGCGAUAAACAUUAGACCCUGGCCGCUGGGCAGGGCUCUGAGCGGAGCAGAUAUAGGUGAGUGCAGCGACAGUGUGUGUGACCUGGUCAGCUGUGCCAAUGGUGGAGUUUGCUUUGCAAACCGUGCCGAUGGCUUCAUCUGUCUGUGCCCACUCGGCUUCAGGGGAGCACUUUGUGAAGAGACUUUCUCACUGUCCUCCCCUCUCUUCAAUGAGACGGUGUUUUCGUAUGCUGUCAUCCCAUGGCCCCAGUCCUUUCAGAGUUAUCUGUCCUUCAUGGAGUUUGAGCUGACGUUUAGGCCGUCGUUGCCUGACGGGACGCUGCUGUACAGUGACGACGCAGGCAGCGGAGACUUCCUGGCUAUCAACCUUGUGGACGGAUAUGUUGAGUUCAGAUUUGACUGCGGCUCUGGAGGAGCUACUAUAAGGAGUGACGAACAGAUCAGUCUGGACAAAUGGCAUGAGCUGAGGGUGUCUCGCACGGCAAAGAGUGGCAUCCUUCAGGUGGACAGCCAGAGGCCAAUAGAAGGAAUCACUGAGGGAGCUUUCACCCAGAUCAACUGCAGUUCACCUCUUUAUAUUGGCGGAGUGCCAGAAUACGAUAAAACCAAGAGGGCAUCAGGUGUGAUAAAGCCUUUCACUGGAAUUAUUCAGAAGCUGAUACUUAAUGAUCGCACCAUCCCAAUAAUAACUGGCUCAGCUGGUGGAGUUAAUGUAGCAAAUUCAGCUCACCCAUGUGUGGAGAGUCCCUGCGCCAACGGAGGGUCCUGCAGGCCGAAGUGGGACGGUUAUGAGUGUGACUGCCCCCUGGGGUACGACGGGAAGCACUGCCAGAAAGAAUGUGGGAGUUACUGUUUGAACACUGUGACUGAAGCCAUUGAAAUCCCACAGUUCAUUGGCCGAAGUUACCUGACAUAUGACAACAGAGAUAUCCUGAAAAGGUUGUCUGGUUCUAGGACCAACCUUUUCAUGCGUUUUAAGAGCACAGCCAACGACGGCCUGUUGUUAUGGAGAGGAGACAGUCCCAUGAGAGCCAACAGUGACUCCCUGUCUAUGGGGCUUCAGGAUGGGGCACUAAUCUUCAGUUAUAACCUGGGCAGUGGUUCGGUUAAUAUCGCUGUCAAUGGGACCUUCACAGAUGGAAAGUGGCACAGAGUCAAAGCAGUGAGAGAUGGCCCGUCAGGGAAGCUGACAGUUGAUGACUAUGGAGCAAAAACAGGACGGUCACCUGGAAAGAUGAGACAACUCAAUAUCAACGGCCCCCUCUAUGUUGGUGGCAUGAAAGAGAUAGCCCUUCACACAAACAGACAGUACAUUGGAGGCUUGGUGGGCUGCGUGUCCCACUUCACGCUCUCCACUGAUUAUCACUUAGCUCUGGUGGAGGACGCUGCUGACGGCAAGAACAUCAACACCUGCUCCAACUAAAAGAAAUCGCUUCAAUACAAGAAGGUCUGUUUUCAGCUAUUUUUUCAACUGGAACGAACAACUCGACCAGUUGAAAACUGAAAGAAUAAAGUACAUUUUGCUCUGCCAAUUCUAGGCUGACAUUGUAUAGACUGGAAGUGGGAAAAGACUUAAAACAUUGUUACUUCAAGUCACAAGAUGAUUUAAGUGGCAACGUUUCCAAACCAACUCUAACCUGCCAAGUUUUAUGUUUUAUUUUCAUGUAACAACUUGUUGAUGAAUUGCUCUGAAAAACCGUUUGGACAUAUGGCGACAGCAAACGACCAGAGGAUAUUACAAAGCACAAGUUCUCUGUGAAAGGAGAUAAAAGCUUAAAGUUAUGGGUAAUGGAGGUCUUUGAAGGAAUUUUUUUUCAUGGGAUGAUCCAAAUCGUAUAUUUAUUUUUUCUAAUGUUAAUCCUGAUUUGAUUGCUGGAAGAAUUGAGUGAUUCUAAGGAUCAAGAGUCAUCACAACUUUUUCAUGAACCUGACCCACAGCAGCUAGCAGAGAUAAACUUCUUUUUAGAGGAUUUUGGUUUUGACCCUAGAGCACUUCUGUUUGUUUUUGUGGAAUUGUGAGGCAUGUUCUUGUUGGUGACGUAUUAUCAGUCUGUAGGCAAACAUUUUUUUGAAAGUCUGAUUAAAGGUUGGUAGUUUUAAGGGACAUAGAUGUAAGCUGCACAUAAUAUUUAAUCUUUAUAAACUCUUCUUUUAGUUCACAUGCUCCUUUAUUUGGAACAAUCAGAUACUUGUCACAUGAAAGUCAUGUUGACACGGUGAAGCAGCCAAAAUGCUGGUGGUAUUGUGCGUGACCAUAUUUGACUAUCAUCUGACACAAACCAAAUCCCUAUGGACUUCAGCCUGCAAAUUGAGCUUCUUUUACAACAGAGAAGAAAUGGAUUAUUUCUCUUAGUUCAGCACAUUAAGUGCAAGAUGAUCAAUUUAGUGCUUUCUCAUGCUCAAGCCUGCCUAUUUGAAUUACUCUCGCUUAACAAACAACAAAACCAAUGUUAUAGUUAUAACAGAAGUUUGCAUCUUGGAUUUGUUAUGAUAAAAUAAAAUAAAAUGUCACUAGUUAUGGUGACAUUUUCGUUUUGAAGUCUGAAGGGAUCUAAAUGAAGCACAUCCACACCUGUGUAACGUGAAUAAACAUACGUUACGGGAUUUACCACUGGGUAAUCAGAGGGGUUGACCAUCAGCUGUACACAACGUAGCACAUAUUGACUGUUGAACCAUUUGUGUAAAAUAGCUGUGUACCAUAGCCUGUAGGAAAAUGUCGGUGUAGCAUCUGUGAUGUCAGCAUAUGUGUCAGUUAGUGAAGCCAGAUAAUCUACAUGUGUGCAUGGGAACUGACCUGGGUAGAGCUGGAGUGGGACGAGCAAGCAGGAACCAUCACGGCUGAGUGUGCUCAUCCCAAAGCUGACUGCUAAUCAAGCCUUAAAACUGUAUCUCCGUUAAGAUCCCCUGAAAAUAAAAGAAUAAUUUACAGUACUAAAAAAGUGUAUAGAUCACCAUUUGUUAUAUGAUGAGAAGUUGAUUGUAGGUGAGUAUAAAGGAGUAUACCUUUCCAUUACAUUUUUGCAGCCAUGAAAUAAACUAGGGAAGAUAAAAUAAGAUUUGAAUGGAUACACUACCAUCUUUUUUUAAAUUAUUAACAAGAAAUGUUCCCUGUAUUUGUAUUUGGUACACUGUGACAAUUGCCUGUCUAAAACUAGAGGCUGUGAUAAAUGCUAACCAAAUUAAAUAACUGAAUAGCUGAUUCAAUAACACGUUGUCAUGGUUUGUAAUGAAUGGUCGUGCUCUCUCGAUUUAUCUGGGA